AUGAGGAUCCCUGGAGAUCUCAAGCUGGUGAGGAUGCAGUCGAGCCAGGCAGAUUUGAAGCUGGGGAGGACAAUGCCUCCCACCACAAGCACUACAACCCUUGUGCCUGCAAGCGAGACAUCUUGCUACCAGGACUUAACAGAGGCUCAGCAAGAUGCAGUGCGGACAUUGGGCUACAGUAUUUCAUCAUGGCACGUGUGCAAGAAUCCUUCCUGUGCUUGGCCUUCAGGGCUUCCGGAGCCUAAUGCCCCCUGUUUGGAGGUGCUGGAGUGGUUUGAAACCUCGUUGUACACGAGAAACUGGGCCGAUCUCACCCAGUCCAAGCGCGCUGCUUUGGAACUGCUGGGAUGGGCGCAUAGCCGAUGGAUGGUGAUGAACUACCCUCUAUCUUAUGCUCAGCUUUGGUAUGAGCUGCAACCACGGCAGCAAGAAGCUGCAGCCUUCCUUGGAUACACCGUCGAGGUGUGGGAGAGGUGUGAGAGAGCAUCGCCGUGCAUCACACGACUAGAGCUGCUGGAGAACAAGUGGAAGACUCUCCGGUGGAGGGAGAUGCAGCAACCCUUCCAAGAUAGGUUGCGGGAACUUGGAUACAAUGAGGAGCGCUGGACAAAUGGAGAUGGCGCCACUCUCACGAAGGCCUACAUGGACUUGACUGACUCCGAGAAGGUCUCUGUGAGACUUGCAGGUUAUGUGUCCGAUACAUGGGAUGGGUGCCCCGAUGCUCAAUGCGAGGACCGCUUCAGUUACCUCAAGCGCAAGUACGCUGACAUUUCCUGGAGUGCUCUAACGGUAGCAGAGCGUCGCGCCUGGCAACUCCUUGGGCACACCGAUCAUUUGUGGUUAGGAGGGAUGAUGAAUACCAUCACCAUGCAGUUGACCUGGGAAGAGCUUUCCCUGGAGCAGAGGGCGCAGGCUGAAUUCCUUGGAUUUUCGAAGGGUACUUGGCAGGGAUGCAACACGAACUGGGGACAAAAUUCGGGUGGAAAUGCAACCCAGCAAGAUGGGUACAUAUCCACCAGCAUUGGAAGGACCGUCCGAGCACGGAUGGUCAUCCGUCGUCCCUUUGCGGAGGUUUCUGGGAAUGUCUACGGUUCAGCCGUGGAUCGCCUUCCCGCAUCAUUCAUUCAGGUAUUCGAGGAAGCCAUUUCUCGAGCGCUGUUUUGCAGCAAUCCUCCUCUGAGUGAAGACCCGGCGACUUUCGUUGACACUGAUGGGACACCCCUGUGUAUCCAGAAGGAGCACUAUGAAACGCAGAUGCAUCGCGUGAAAGUGAUGACUGUGGUGGAGGGGUCUAUCAUUGUCGACUUUUUCCUUGCAAGGAACCAGACGACCACUGAGCUUCCAGCUCCUGCGCUUUUUGAGUCCCUUCAACGGAUGCUGGAGCUGAAAACAUCACCGUUAUGCCAAGAUAUGCACUUUGGCAAAUUUGCUCAAGUAGCUGUAAUGGAGGAGAUCCCACUUUCGCUUCUCUCUGAAGAUGCACUUGAAGCAGCAGCCGUGUUUGAAGUGAUGCGGAACCAGUACGGGCCAGAAACUGCGUGUCAGUUGCUGGCAGACGCCAGGGAAGGACCUGUGAAGUGCCCAACAGCCACAUCAAGUUCAAUGGCAAGUGCACGGCCUCAGCGAUGCAACAUGAACAUUAGCAUAUCAAUCACACGAAAAAGAACAUGCUCAGACGAAGAUGUUUGGAUACAAGCCAAGCUGAGGUGGUUUCAUGCUGCUCACAUUGCUGAGCGUUGGUAG